GGGAACCGGCCGGCGGGGGCAGCCAGGCGGAUCCGCCCAGGCCCCGGAGCAGCUGUGACCGAGGCCGGGAGGGAGAACAGCUGCGCUUGGACGGGUAGUCUAGGGAAUUAUUUGCAGUCUGGAAGGUGAUUCUCAGUGCUGCUGCUGCCUGUUGGGUCAGAAAGAUGCCUGCUCCAAGAUCAGAAUUUUGGAACUACGUCCCGGAAGAAAUCCUUGUCCAUAUAUUUUACUACCUGUCUCUCCGAGAUAGAUACACAGCCUUCCAAGUGUGCAAACAUUGGGCCGCAGCUGUUUCCACAAGCUCCGUGUGGCAUUUCACAGAGAUCAGCUGUGAUUCAGAGAACGAGGAGGGCAUGCUGCAGAGUUUACACCAGUUCCUGAGCCAGAUCAAACACCUGAGGAUUGUGUUUGAUCAGUCCAAGGAGAUAAAUCGGAAGAACGUCACCCACAUUCUAGACAUGUUGGCCAGGCAGAACCACAAGCUGCAGAAGCUGUGCAUCGUGUGCAAAGGGGAGAACCCUUAUUUCUACUCUGGCCAGGACAUCCUGCAGAGCAUACGAAAUAUAUGCCAGAGAGAAAACCAAAUAGACCUUCAGCAUAUUGAUUUCCGGAGAAUGCCGUUCACCCUGGAUGAUGGGCUUGUUGGACUCAUAGCCACCAGCAGCCCAAACCUGCGCAGCUUGUUCAUCAACAACCGCACUCUGGUUUGCAACGUGAAGCCAGAAACCAUCAGAGAGGUUCUUAAUGUAUGUCCGAAGUUGUCUACCUUGGGAGUCUACUAUGCCAGCCUGUCCAAUGAUGUGUUUGCGGAACUGAUCAAGCCAGAGAGAGAGGCUUUCACACGCUUAGAUAUUUUUUGUGAGCGCUUGGACAAAUAUAUUCCAGUCAUCUCUGAAGAGCUUUGGGCUGCCGUGAUCCAGAAGCAUCCUCAACUCUGUGUAGACCUGGAGUUUGAUCACACAGUCCCUGCCUGGAAGAUACCACGGAUCCUAAAGCCCAAUAUACCCGUGGGUACUUUACAACUGAAUACUUUUACGUACAUGGUGAACCAGGUUAGGUUUGUCACCAGCAGUUACAGCAGGACCUUAAACAGGCUGGUGCUCCACACAACCCCCUCGGACGAUUUGAACUCCUCGCUAAUAGACCUGGCAAGGAAGUGUGUCAAUCUAACAGAGAUUCAUUGUUACUGUGUGGUUAGUCAGGAAGUGGUAGAUACCUUCCUCGUACACUGCCCCAGUCUGAAACGAUACACUCUCAAGAUUACCAAAGAACGUCACCCCUGGAAACCGACAGUAGUUCAGUGACGUACCUAUUUUGACUGGAAGCCAGUUUGAAAAAAAAAAAAAAAAAGCAUGUGGAUACAAAGAUACCAA